UACCUAUCUACCUAUCUAUCUAUCUAUCUAUCUAUCUAUCUAUCUAUCUAUCUAUCUACCUACCCCCCCUCUACCUAUCUACCUACCCCCCCCCCUCCUGCCCCCCCCUCUCCCUGCCCUCCCCCCUGCCCCGCCCCCGGGCCGGUGUACCAACUCCCGCUUCCCAUACCCUUCCCAAGGCCUUUUUCUUCCCUCUCCUCGCCCCAAGCCCUCCCAGAUCCAAGCCGCGAUUUUUUUCUUUUUUUCCCUUUUUUAUGCUAAUCAGGCGGGAUUCGAACCCGUCACCUCUUUGUUUGCCAAUUCAUUACCAAUUCAAUGCUUAUGCCAAUUGCGCUAUCCCGGCUCGGUUACAAAUUCAAUGGUUUUUUUGUAUGUUAUUCAUAUGCAAAUCAAAUUCUUGCCCCUGAUUGGCUGUUGAAAAUAAUGACAUCAUGAACCUUCGGCCCAGAGGUCCCUGAGGUCCCACAGGUCCAAGAACCAAAACAAACCAAAGUCAACCAAACAUAAUGGAAACUGUAGCCUUCUCGGCUUUGCAAAAAGCCUCCUUUUAAUCACGAUUCUUGUAUCUUUCUGACGGCUUUUACAUUUAAAAAGCACUUAGCGCUUUCACGUUUUUUCCGACGGGCAAUUUUGAUUUUAGCUGUAAGUUUUUUAGGUAAUUUUGAAAUACUUGAAAUGUCCGUCGGUGCGUUUGCUUUCCGUCGGUGAUCACAAGAAACAGUUUUUGUACGGUUAACAGUGAUCAACAUCAAUUUACAUUCUCGCUAUAUAUCCUACCACUGAACAGUAUCAAUCAUAAACUGCUGAAAAUAGAGGAAACUGCUCAGCAGCGAAAAACAUUGUGAUUUCUAGUCAAAUUCUCCUCGUUAGCGCCAGAUGAACGGUAAAGGAAUGAGUAUGGAGAAUGUGCAUGUUAAUCUCACGCCAUUUACAAGUGUUCCUGUAACAAGCAAAAUUGAUCUUAUAAAUGAAAAACGCGAAGAUUAUGUCAAUUUUAAUAGAUUUGGAGCCAGCAAUGUGACCCUUCAAAAACAAGAAAAAGCGUUCUUCUCUAACUAGGCAACUACAGUACCCUAGUCUGAAUCUGGUACCCUUAUAACUGCAAUAGCAAAUCUGCAAGUAGCACUGUAAAUCAUACUAAAAUGCUACCGAUGCGACCGAAAACUUGUCAUAGAAUCGUGAAAUCAGCCUGAAAGAUCAAAACAAGGUGAUAUCCUGCGUGUCCUAAGGCAGCUGAAAGACUUUUUUUCCACAAUGAAAUAUACUUACAUCCUCUUACUUGAGACAUAAAAAAAAAAAACACAGGGACACUUCCAGGAGAUCCCCAUCAGUGUCCAACUUGACCCAAAAGUCACUUGACAAGAUGAACCAAACAAACAUUGUUUGCCCGGCCUAUUGACGAUUAGUAAUUCCAUCAGGUCGUGUUUCUUUCGCAGGCAAGGUUAAUUCAAGCUAUUUCCAAUCCAGUCUUAAAAUCAGGCUGUUAAAUGUCCCCAAGGUCUAUGACCAAUAAAGAAAAUUCUCCAACUUCAGACGAAGAGCAGUUUGCAACUUCAUGGUCUGUUUAUCCACUGCAUUAAAGAAAAGGAACGUACUAUAAGUAGACUAACUCGCGAAGUUGAAUGUGGGAAAAAAGCGUCCAGUGGGUCUCAAAGUGUGGAGAAGUUGAUCCUGAGUAAUGACAAAUGUCUAAUCAUAAAUUUCGCUUGUUUCUUCGCACACGUCCUUUUUUUUCCCCUUUUUUUUUUUACGUGAAUGCAUUCUUUUUCCAAAUGUCCUUAUUUUGAGUCAAGAAUUUUAUAAAAGUAAGAAGAAAAAAAAACUGUGCUGAGCAGCAAAACCCUCCCCGGGUCUAGCCUGCGAGCAAGGUCUCUCACUGCCCCACCCCACCCAACCCUCCCCCAAUCCCGGCAGCAAGAGACCUUGCUCGCAGGCUAGACCCCCCCUCCCUUCCCCUCCCUUCCCUUCCCUUCCCUUCCCUUCCCUUCCCUUCCCUCCCCUCCCUCCCUACCUAUCUACCCAUCCCUCCGCCCUCUACCUAUCUAUCUAUCUAUCUACCCCCUCUAUCUAUCUAUCUAUCUAUCUAUCUAUCUAUCUAUCUAUCUAUCUACCUACCCCUCUAGCUAUCUACUUACCCCCCCCCCCCCUGCCCCCCUCCCUGCCCUCUCCCCGGCCCGCCCCCGGGCCGGUGUACCAACUCCCGCUUCCCGUACCCUUCCCAAGGCCUUUUUUCUUCCCUCUCCUCGCCCCAUGCCCUCGCAGAUCCAAGCCGCGAUUUUUUUCUUUUUUUUCCUUUUUCAUGCUAAUCAGGCGGGAUUCGAACCCGUCACCUCUUUGUUUGCCAAUUCAUUACCGAUUCAAUGCUUAUGCUAAUUGCGCUAUCCCGGCUCGGUUACAAAUUCAAUGGUUUUUUUGUAUGUUAUUCAUAUGCAAAUCAAAUUCUUGCCCCUGAUUGGCUGUUGAAAAUAAUGACAUCAUGAACCUUCGGCCCAGAGGUCCCUGAGGUCCCACAGGUCCAAGAACCAAAACAAACCAAAGUUAACCAAACAUAAUGGAAACUGUAACCUUCUCGGCUUUGCAAAAGCUUCCUUUUAAUCACGAUUCUUGUAUCUUUCUGACCGCUUUUACAUUUAAAAAAGCACUUAGCGCUUUCACGUUUUUUCCGACGGGCAAUUUUGAUUUUAGCUGAAGUUUUGUAUAAUAUUGAAAUACUUGAAAUGUCCGUCGGUGCGUUUGCUUUCAGUCGGAUAUCACAAGAAACACUUUUUGUAUGGUGAACAGUGAUCAACAUCAAUUUACAUUCUCGCUAUAUAUCCUACCACUGAACAGUAUCAAUCAUAAACUGCUGAAAAAAGAGGAAACUGCUCAGCAGCGAAAAACAUUGUGAUUUCUAGUCAAAUUCUCCUCGUUAGCGCCAGAUGAACGGUAAAGGAAUGAGUAUGGAGAAUGUGCAUGUUAAUCUCACGCCAUUUACAAGUGUUCCUGUAACAAGCAAAAUUGAUCUUAUAAAUGAAAAACGCGAAGAUUAUGUCAAUUUUAAUAGAUUUGGAGCCAGCAAUGUGACCCUUCAAAAACAAGAAAAAGCGUUCUUCUCUAACUAGGCAACUACAGUACCCUAGUCUGAAUCUGGUACCCUUAUAACUGCAAUAGCAAAUCUGCAAGUAGCACUGUAAAUCAUACUAAAAUGCUACCGAUGCGACCGAAAACUUGUCAUAGAAUCGUGAAAUCAGCCUGAAAGAUCAAAACAAGGUGAUAUCCUGCGUGUCCUAAGGCAGCUGAAAGACUUUUUUUCCACAAUGAAAUAUACUUACAUCCUCUUACUUGAGACAUAAAAAAAAAACACAGGGACACUUCCAGGAGAUCUCCAUCAGUUUCCAACUUGAACCAAAAGUCACUUGACAAGAUGAACCAAACAAACAUUGUUUGCCCGGCCUAUUGACGAUUAGUAAUUCCAUCAGGUCGUGUUUCUUUCGCAGGCAAGGUUAAUUCAAGCUAUUUCCAAUCCACUCUUAAAAUCAGGCUGUUAAAUGUCCCCAAGGUCCAUGACCAAUAACGAAAAUUCUCCAACUUCAGACGAAGAGCAGUUUGCAACUUCAUGGUCUGUUUAUCCACUGCAUUAAAGAAAAGGAACGUACUAUAAGUAGACUAACUCGCGAAGUUGAAUCUGGGAAAAAGCGUCCAGUGGGUCUCAAAGUGUGGAGAAGUUGAUCCUGAGUAAUGACAAAUGUCUAAUCAUAAAUUUCGCUUGUUUCUUCGCACACGUCCUUUUUCCCCCUUUUUUUUUACGUGAAUGCAUUUUUUUCCAAAUGUCCUUAUUUUGAGUCAAGAAUUUUAUAAAAGUAAGAAGAAAAAAAAAACUGUGAGCAGCAAAACCCUCCCUGGGUCUAGCCUGCGAGCAAGGUCUCUCACUGCCCCACCCCACCCCAACCUCCCCCAUCCCGGCAGCAAGAGACCUUGCUCGCAGGCUAGACCCCCCCCUCCCCCUCCCCCCCCCCCUUCCCUUCCCUUCCCUCCCUCCCCUCCCAUCCCUCCCCUUCCCUCCCCUCCCAUCCCUCCCCCCCUACCUAUCUACCCCUACCUAUCCCUAUCUAUCUAUCUAUCUAUCUAUCUAUCUAUCUAUCUAUCUAUCUACCCCCCCCCUCUAGCUAUCUACUUACCCCCCUCCCGCCUGCCCCCCUCCCCUGCCCUCCCCCGGCCCGCCCCCCCAGCCGGUGUACCAACUCCCGCUUCCCGUACCCUUCCCAAGGCCUUUUUUCUUCCCUCUCCUCGCCCCAAGCCCUCCCAGAUCCAAGCCCCGAUUUUUUUUUUUUUUUUUUUUUUUUUCAUGCUAAUCAGGCGGGAUUCGAACCCGUCACCUCUUUGUUUGCCAAUUCAUUACCGAUUCAAUGCUUAUGCUAAUUGCGCUAUCCCGGCUCGGUUACAAAUUCAAUGGUUUUUUUGUAUGUUAUUCAUAUGCAAAUCAAAUUCUUGCCCCUGAUUGGCUGUUGAAAAUAAUGACAUCAUGAACCUUCGGCCCAGAGGUCCCUGAGGUCCCACAGGUCCAAGAACCAAAACAAACCAAAGUUAACCAAACAUAAUGGAAACUGUAACCUUCUCGGCUUUGCAAAAGCUUCCUUUUAAUCACGAUUCUUGUAUCUUUCUGACCGCUUUUACAUUUAAAAAAGCACUUAGCGCUUUCACGUUUUUUCCGACGGGCAAUUUUGAUUUUAGCUGAAGUUUUGUGUAAUAUUGAAAUACUUGAAAUGUUCGUCGGUGCGUUUGCUUUCAGUCGGUGAUCACAAGAAACACUUUUUGUACGGUGAACAGUGAUCAACAUCAAUUUACAUUCUCGCUAUAUAUCCUACCACUGAACAGUAUCAAUCAUAAACUGCUGAAAAAAGAGGAAACUGCUCAGCAGUGAAAAACAUUGUGAUUUCUAGUCAAAUUCUCCUCGUUAGCGCCAGAUGAACGGUAAAGGAAUGAGUAUGGAGAAUGUGCAUGUUAAUCUCACGCCAUUUACAAGUGUUCCUGUAACAAGCAAAAUUGAUCUUAUAAAUGAAAAACGCGAAGAUUAUGUCAAUUGUAAUAGAUUUGGAGCCAGCAAUGUGACCCUUCAAAAACAAGAAAAAGCGUUCUUCUCUAACUAGGCAACUACAGUACCCUAGUCUGAAUCUGGUACCCUUAUCUGCAAUAGCAAAUCUGCAAGUAGCACUGUAAAUCAUACUAAAAUGCUACCGAUGCGACCGAAAACUUGUCAUAGAAUCGUGAAAUCAGCCUGAAAGAUCAAAACAAGGUGAUAUCCUGCGUGUCCUAAGGCAGCUGAAAGACUUUUUUUCCACAAUGAAAUAUACUUCCAUCCUCUUACUUGAGACAUUAAAAAAAAACACAGGGACAUUUCCAGGAGAUCUCCAUCAGUUUCCAACUUGAACCAAAAGUCACUUGACAAGAUGAACCAAACAAACAUUGUUUGCCCGGCCUAUUGACGAUUAGUAAUUCCAUCAGGUCGUGUUUCUUUCGCAGGCAAGGUUAAUUCAAGCUAUUUCCAAUCCACUCUUAAAAUCAGGCUGUUAAAUGUCCCCAAGGUCCAUGACCAAUAACGAAAAUUCUCCAACUUCAGACGAAGAGCAGUUUGCAACUUCAUGGUCUGUUUAUCCACUGCAUUAAAGAAAAGGAACGUACUAUAAGUAGACUAACUCGCGAAGUUGAAUCUGGGAAAAAGCGUCCAGUGGGUCUCAAAGUGUGGAGAAGUUGAUCCUGAAUAAUGACAAAUGUCUAAUCAUAAAUUUCGCUUGUUUCUUCUUACACGUCCUUUUUUCCCCUUUUUUUUUUACGUGAAUGCAUUCUUUUCCAAAUGUCCUUAUUUUGAGUCAAGAAUUUUAUAAAAGUAGGAAGAAAAAAAACUGUGCUGAGCAGCAAAACCCUCCCCGGGUCUAGCCUGCGAGCAAGGUCUCUCACUGCCCCACCCCACCCAACCCUCCCCCCAAUCCCGGCAGCAAGAGACCUUGCUCGCAGGCUAGACCGCCCCUCCCCCCCCUCCCCUCCCUUCCCUUCCCUUCCCUUCCCUCCCAUCCCUUCCGCCCUCUACCUAUCUACCUAUCUACCUAUCUACCUAUCUACCUACCCCCUAUCUAUCUAUCUAUCUAUCUAUCUAUCUAUCUAUCUAUCUAUCUACCUACCCCCCCUCUAGCUAUCUACCCCCCCUCCUGCCUGCCCCCCUCUCCUGCCCUCUCCCCCCCGCCCCCCCGGGCCGGUGUACCAACUCCCGCUUCCCGUACCCUUCCCAAGGCCUUUUUUUUCUUCCCUCUCCUCGCCCCAAGCCCUCCCAGAUCCAAGCCCCGUUUUUUUUCUUUUUUUUCCUUUUUCAUGCUAAUCAGGCGGGAUUCGAACCCGUCACCUCUUUGUUUGCCAAUUCAUUACCGAUUCAAUGCUUAUGCUAAUUGCGCUAUCCCGGCUCGGUUACAAAUUCAAUGGUUUUUUUGUAUGUUAUUCAUAUGCAAAUCAAAUUCUUGCCCCUGAUUGGCUGUUGAAAAUAAUGACAUCAUGAACCUUCGGCCCAGAGGUCCCUGAGGUCCCACAGGUCCAAGAACCAAAACAAACCAAAGUUAACCAAACAUAAUGGAAACUGUAACCUUCUCGGCUUUGCAAAAGCUUCCUUUUAAUCACGAUUCUUGUAUCUUUCUGACCGCUUUUACAUUUAAAAAAGCACUUAGCGCUUUCACGUUUUUUCCGACGGGCAAUUUUGAUUUUAGCUGAAGUUUUGUGUAAUAUUGAAAUACUUGAAAUGUUCGUCGGUGCGUUUGCUUUCAGUCGGUGAUCACAAGAAACACUUUUUGUACGGUGAACAGUGAUCAACAUCAAUUUACAUUCUCGCUAUAUAUCCUACCACUGAACAGUAUCAAUCAUAAACUGCUGAAAAAAGAGGAAACUGCUCAGCAGCGAAAAACAUUGUGAUUUCUAGUCAAAUUCUUCUCGUUUGCGCCAGAUGAACGGUAAAGGAAUGAGUAUGGAGAAUGUGCAUGUUAAUCUCACGCCAUUUACAAGUGUUCCUGUAACAAGCAAAAUUGAUCUUAUAAAUGAAAAACGCGAAGAUUAUGUCAAUUGUAAUAGAUUUGGAGCCAGCAAUGUGACCCUUCAAAAACAAGAAAAAGCGUUCUUCUCUAACUAGGCAACUACAGUACCCUAGUCUGAAUCUGGUACCCUUAUCUGCAAUAGCAAAUCUGCAAGUAGCACUGUAAAUCAUACUAAAAUGCAACCGACGCGAUCGAAAACUUGUCAUAGAAUCGUGAAAUCAGCCUGAAAGAUCAAAACAAGGUGAUAUCCUGCGUGUCCUAAGGCAGCUGAAAGACUUUUUUUCCACAAUGAAAUAUACUUACAUCCUCUUACUUGAGACAUAAAAAAAAACACAGGGACAUUUCCAGGAGAUCUCCAUCAGUUUCCAACUUGAACCAAAAGUCACUUGACAAGAUGAACCAAACAAACAUUGUUUGCCCGGCCUAUUGACGAUUAGUAAUUCCAUCAGGUCGUGUUUCUUUCGCAGGCAAGGUUAAUUCAAGCUAUUUCCAAUCCACUCUUAAAAUCAGGCUGUUAAAUGUCCCCAAGGUCCAUGACCAAUAACGAAAAUUCUCCAACUUCAGACGAAGAGCAGUUUGCAACUUCAUGGUCUGUUUAUCCACUGCAUUAAAGAAAAGGAACGUACUAUAAGUAGACUAAACUCGCGAAGUUGAAUCUGGGAAAAAAGCGUCCAGUGGGUCUCAAAGUGUGGAGAAGUUGAUCCUGAAUAAUGACAAAUGUCUAAUCAUAAAUUUCGCUUGUUUCUUCGCACACGUCCUUUUUUUUCCCCUUUUUUUUUUUUUUUUACGUGAAUGCAUUCUUUUCCAAAUGUCCUUAUUUUGAGUCAAGAAUUUUAUAAAAGUAAGAAGAAAAAAAACUGUGCUGAGCAGCAAAACCCUCCCCGGGUCUAGCCUGCGAGCAAGGUCUCUCACUGCCCCACCCCCCCCCAACCCCCCCCAAUCCCGGCAGCAAGAGACCUUGCUCGCAGGCUAGACCGCCCCUCCCCCCCCCCCUCCCUCCCCCCUUCCCCCCUUCCCCCCAUCCCCUCCCCCCCAUCCCCUAUCCCUACCUACCUAUCUAUCUAUUUAUCUAUCUAUCUAUCUAUCUAUCUAUCUAUCUAUCUAUCUAUCUAUCUAUCUACCUACCUACCCCUCUAGCUAUCUACUUACCCCCUCCCUGCCUGCCCCCCCCUCUCCCUGCCUCUCCCCGGCCGCCCCCCGGCCGUGUGUACCAACUCCCGCUUCCCGUACCCUUCCCAAGGCCUUUUUUUUCUUCCCUCUCCUCGCCCCAAGCCCUCCCAGAUCCAAGCCGCGAUUUUUUUUUUUUUUUUUCCUUUUCAUGCUAAUCAGGCGGGAUUCGAACCCGUCACCUCUUUGUUUGCCAAUUCAUUACCGAUUCAAUGCUUGUGCUAAUUGCGCUAUCCCGGCUCGGUUACAAAUUCAAUGGUUUUUUUGUAUGUUAUUCAUAUGCAAAUCAAAUUCUUGCCCCUGAUUGGCUGUUGAAAAUAAUGACAUCAUGAACCUUCGGCCCAGAGGUCCCUGAGGUCCCACAGGUCCAAGAACCAAAACAAACCAAAGUUAACCAAACAUAAUGGAAACUGUAACCUUCUCGGCUUUGCAAAAGCUUCCUUUUAAUCACGAUUCUUGUAUCUUUCUGACCGCUUUUACAUUUAAAAAAGCACUUAGCGCUUUCACGUUUUUUCCGACGGGCAAUUUUGAUUUUAGCUGAAGUUUUGUAUAAUAUUGAAAUACUUGAAAUGUCCGUCGGUGCGUUUGCUUUCAGUCGGUGAUCACAAGAAACACUUUUUGUACGGUAAACAGUGAUCAACAUCAAUUUACAUUCUCGCUAUAUAUCCUACCACUGAACAGUAUCAAUCAUAAACUGCUGAAAAAAGAGGAAACUGCUCAGCAGUGAAAAACAUUGUGAUUUCUAGUAAAAUUCUCCUCGUUAGCGCCAGAUGAACGGUAAAGGAAUGAGUAUGGAGAAUGUGCAUGUUAAUCUCACGCCAUUUACAAGUGUUCCUGUAACAAGCAAAAUUGAUCUUAUAAAUGAAAAACGCGAAGAUUAUGUCAAUUGUAAUAGAUUUGGAGCCAGCAAUGUGACCCUUCAAAAACAAGAAAAAGCGUUCUUCUCUAACUAGGCAACUACAGUACCCUAGUCUGAAUCUGGUACCCUUAUCUGCAAUAGCAAAUCUGCAAGUAGCACUGUAAAUCAUACUAAAAUGCAACCGACGCGACCGAAAACUUGUCAUAGAAUCGUGAAAUCAGCCUGAAAGAUCAAAACAAGGUGAUAUCCUGCGUGUCCUAAGGCAGCUGAAAGACUUUUUUUCCACAAUGAAAUAUACUUACAUCCUCUUACUUGAGACAUAAAAAAAAACACAGGGACAUUUCCAGGAGAUCUCCAUCAGUUUCCAACUUGAACCAAAAGUCACUUGACAAGAUGAACCAAACAAACAUUGUUUGCCCGGCCUAUUGACGAUUAGUAAUUCCAUCAGGUCGUGUUUCUUUCGCAGGCAAGGUUAAUUCAAGCUAUUUCCAAUCCACUCUUAAAAUCAGGCUGUUAAAUGUCCCCGAGGUCCAUGACCAAUAACGAAAAUUCUCCAACUUCAGACGAAGAGCAGUUUGCAACUUCAUGGUCUGUUUAUCCACUGCAUUAAAGAAAAGGAACGUACUAUAAGUAGACUAACUCGCGAAGUUGAAUCUGGGAAAAAGCGUCCAGUGGGUCUCAAAGUGUGGAGAAGUUGAUCCUGAGUAAUGACAAAUGUCUAAUCAUAAAUUUCGCUUGUUUCUUCGCACACGUCCUUUUUUCCCCUUUUUUUUUACGUGAAUGCAUUCUUUUCCAAAUGUCCUUAUUUUGAGUCAAGAAUUUUAUAAAAGUAAGAAGAAAAAAACUGUGCUGAGCAGCAAAACCCUCCCCGGGUCUAGCCUGCGAGCAAGGUCUCUCACUGCCCCACCCCAUCCAACCUUCCCCCCAAUCCCGGCAGCAAGAGACCUUGCUCGCAGGCUAGACCACGCCUCCCUUUCCUUCCCUUCAUUUCCCUUCCCCCUCCCGUCCCUCCGCCCUCUACCUAUCUACCUAUCUACCUACCCCCUCUACCUAUCUAUCUAUUUAUCUGUCUAUCUAUCUAUCUAUCUAUCUAUCUAUCUAUCGAUCUAUCUAUCUAUCUACCUACCCCUCCCUCUAGCUAUCUACUUACCCCCCCCCCUGCCUGCCCCCCUCCCCCCCUCUCCCCCCGCCCCGCCCCCAGGCCGUGUGUACCAACCCCGCUUCCCGUACCCUUCCCAAGGCCUUUUUUUCUUCCCUCCUCGCCCCAAGCCCUCCCAGAUCCAAGCCGCGAUUUUUUUUUUUUUUUUUUUUCCUUUUUCAUGCUAAUCAGGCGGGAUUCGAACCCGUCACCUCUUUGUUUGCCAAUUCAUUACCGAUUCAAUGCUUAUGCUAAUUGCGCUAUCCCGGCUCGGUUACAAAUUCAAUGGUUUUUUUUGUAUGUUAUUCAUAUGCAAAUCAAAUUCUUGCCCCUGAUUGGCUGUUGAAAAUAAUGACAUCAUGAACCUUCGGCCCAGAGGUCCCUGAGGUCCCACAGGUCCAAGAACCAAAACAAACCAAAGUUAACCAAACAUAAUGGAAACUGUAACCUUCUCGGCUUUGCAAAAGCUUCCUUUUAAUCACGAUUCUUGUAUCUUUCUGACCGCUUUUACAUUUAAAAAAGCACUUAGCGCUUUCACGUUUUUUCCGACGGGCAAUUUUGAUUUUAGCUGAAGUUUUGUAUAAUAUUGAAAUACUUGAAAUGUCCGUCGGUGCGUUUGCUUUCAGUCGGUGAUCACAAGAAACACUUUUUGUACGGUAAACAGUGAUCAACAUCAAUUUACAUUCUCGCUAUAUAUCCUACCACUGAACAGUAUCAAUCAUAAACUGCUGAAAAAAGAGGAAACUGCUCAGCAGCGAAAAACAUUGUGAUUUCUAGUCAAAUUCUCCUCGUUAGCGCCAGAUGAACGGUAAAGGAAUGAGUAUGGAGAAUGUGCAUGUUAAUCUCACGCCAUUUACAAGUGUUCCUGUAACAAGCAAAAUUGAUCUUAUAAAUGAAAAACGCGAAGAUUAUGUCAAUUUUAAUAGAUUUGGAGCCAGCAAUGUGACCCUUCAAAAACAAGAAAAAGCGUUCUUCUCUAACUAGGCAACUACAGUACCCUAGUCUGAAUCUGGUACCCUUAUCUGCAAUAGCAAAUCUGCAAGUAGCACUGUAAAUCAUACUAAAAUGCUACCGAUGCGACCGAAAACUUGUCAUAGAAUCGUGAAAUCAGCCUGAAAGAUCAAAACAAGGUGAUAUCCUGCGUGUCCUAAGGCACCUGAAAGACUUUUUUUCAAAUGAAAUAUACUUACAUCCUCUUACUUGAGACAUAAAAAAAAAAAACACAGGGACACUUCCAGGAGAUCUCCAUCAGUUUCCAACUUGAACCAAAAGUCACUUGACAAGAUGAACCAAACAAACAUUGUUUGCCCGGCCUAUUGACGAUUAGUAAUUCCAUCAGGUCGUGUUUCUUUCGCAGGCAAGGUUAAUUCAAGCUAUUUCAGAUCCACUCUUAAAAUCAGGCUGUUAAAUGUCCCCACGGUCCAUGACCAAUAACGAAAAUUCUCCAACUUCAGACGAAGAGCAGUUUGCAACUUCAUGGUCUGUUUAUCCACUGCAUUAAAGAAACGGAACGUACUAUAAGUAGACUAACUCGCGAAGUUGAAUCUGGGAAAAAGCGUCCAGUGGGUCUCAAAGUGUAGAGAAGUUGAUCCUGAAUAAUGACAAAUGUCUAAUCAUAAAUUUCGCUUGUUUCUUCGCACACGUCCUUUUUCCCCCCUUUUUUUUUUACGUGAAUGCAUUCUUUUCCAAAUGUCCUUAUUUUGAGUCAAGAAUUUUAUAAAAGUAAGAAGAAAAAAAAAACUGUGCUGAGCAGCAAAACCCUCCCCGGGUCUAGCCUGCGAGCAAGGUCUCUCACUGCCCCACCCCACCCAACCCUCCCCCCAAUCCCGGCAGCAAGAGACCUUGCUCGCAGGCUAGACCGCCCCUCCCUUUCCCCCUCCCUUCCCUUCCCUUCCCUUCCCCCUCCCAUCCCACCGCCCUCUACCUAUCUACCUAUCUACCUACCCCCCUCUACCUAUCUAUCUAUUUAUCUAUCUAUCUAUCUAUCUAUCUAUCUACCUAUCUAUCUAUCUACCUACCCCUCUAGCUAUCUAUCUACCCCCCCCCUCCUGCCCCCCCCCCUCCCUGCCCUCUCCCCGGCCCGCCCCCGGGCCGGUGUACCAACAACCCCGCUUCCCGUACCCUUCCCAAGGCCUUUUUUUUCCUUCCCUCUCCUCGCCCCAAGCCCUCCCAGAUCCAAGCCGCGAUUUUUUUUUUCUUUUUUUUUCCUUUUUCAUGCUAAUCAGGCGGGAUUCGAACCCGUCACCUCUUUGUUUGCCAAUUCAUUACCGAUUCAAUGCUUAUGCUAAUUGCGCUAUCCCGGCUCGGUUACAAAUUCAAUGGUUUUUUUGUAUGUUAUUCAUAUGCAAAUCAAAUUCUUGCCCCUGAUUGGCUGUUGAAAAUAAUGACAUCAUGAACCUUCGGCCCAGAGGUCCCUGAGGUCCCACAGGUCCGAGAACCAAAACAAACCAAAGUUAACCAAACAUAAUGGAAACUGUAACCUUCUCGGCUUUGCAAAAGCUUCCUUUUAAUCACGAUUCUUGUAUCUUUCUGACCGCUUUUACAUUUAAAAAAGCACUUAGCGCUUUCACGUUUUUUCCGACGGGCAAUUUUGAUUUUAGCUGAAGUUUUGUGUAAUAUUGAAAUACUUGAAAUGUUCGUCGGUGCGUUUGCUUUCAGUCGGUGAUCACAAGAAACACUUUUUGUACGGUGAACAGUGAUCAACAUCAAUUUACAUUCUCGCUAUAUAUCCUACCACUGAACAGUAUCAAUCAUAAACUGCUGAAAAAAGAGGAAACUGCUCAGCAGCGAAAAACAUUGUGAUUUCUAGUCAAAUUCUCCUCGUUAGCGCCAGAUGAACGGUAAAGGAAUGAGUAUGGAGAAUGUGCAUGUUAAUCUCACGCCAUUUACAAGUGUUCCUGUAACAAGCAAAAUUGAUCUUAUAAAUGAAAAACGCGAAGAUUAUGUCAAUUUUAAUAGAUUUGGAACCAGCAAUGUGACCCUUCAAAAACAAGAAGAAGCGUUCUUCUCUAACUAGGCAACUACAGUACCCUAGUCUGAAUCUGGUACCCUUAUCUGCAAUAGCAAAUCUGCAAGUAGCACUGUAAAUCAUACUAAAAUGCUACCGAUGCGACCGAAAACUUGUCAUAGAAUCGUGAAAUCAGCCUGAAAGAUCAAAACAAGGUGAUAUCCUGCGUGUCCUAAGGCAGCUGAAAGACUUUUUUUCCACAAUGAAAUAUACUUACAUCCUCUUACUUGAGACAUAAAAAAAAACACAGGGACAUUUCCAGGAGAUCUCCAUCAGUUUCCAACUUGAACCAAAAGUCACUUGACAAGAUGAACCAAACAAACAUUGUUUGCCCGGCCUAUUGACGAUUCGUAAUUCCAUCAGGUCGUGUUUCUUUCGCAGGCAAGGUUAAUUCAAGCUAUUUCCAAUCCACUCUUAAAAUCAGGCUGUUAAAUGUCCCCAAGGUCCAUGACCAAUAACGAAAAUUCUCCAACUUCAGACGAAGAGCAGUUUGCAACUUCAUGGUCUGUUUAUCCACUGCAUUAAAGAAAAGGAACGUACUAUAAGUAGACUAACUCGCGAAGUUGAAUCUGGGAAAAAGCGUCCAGUGGGUCUCAAAGUGUGGAGAAGUUGAUCCUGAAUAAUGACAAAUGUCUAAUCAUAAAUUUCGCUUGUUUCUUCGCACACGUCCUUUUUACCCCUUUUUUUUUUACGUGAAUGCAUUCUUUUCCAAAUGUCCUUAUUUUGAGUCAAGAAUUUUAUAAAAGUAGGAAGAAAAAAAACUGUGCUGAGCAGCAAAACCCUCCCCGGGUCUAGCCUGCGAGCAAGGUCUCUCACUGCCCCACCCCACCCAACCCUCCCCCCAAUCCCGGCAGCAAGAGACCUUGCUCGCAGGCAAGACCGCCCCUCCCUUUCCCCCUCCCUUCCCUUCCCUUCCCUCCCCAUCCCAUCCCAUCCCCCCUACCUAUCCUCUACCUAUCUACCUAUCCCCUAUCUAUCUAUCUAUCUAUCUAUCUAUCUAUCUAUCUAUCUAUCUAUCUAUCUAUCUAUCUACCUACCCCUCUAGCUAUCUACUUACCCCCCCCCCUGCCUGCCCCCCCCCUGCCCUCUCCCCCCUGGCCCGCCCCCCCGGCCGGUGUACCAACUCCCCUUCCCGUACCCUUCCCAAGGCCUUUUUUUUCUUCCCUCUCCUCGCCCCAAGCCCUCCCAGAUCCAAGCCGCGAUUUUUUUUUUUUUUUUUUUUUUUCAUGCUAAUCAGGCGGGAUUCGAACCCGUCACCUCUUUGUUUGCCAAUUCAUUACCGAUUCAAUGCUUAUGCUAAUUGCGCUAUCCCGGCUCGGUUACAAAUUCAAUGGUUUUUUUUGUAUGUUAUUCAUAUGCAAAUCAAAUUCUUGCCCCUGAUUGGCUGUUGAAAAUAAUGACAUCAUGAACCUUCGGCCCAGAGGUCCCUGAGGUCCCACAGGUCCGAGAACCAAAACAAACCAAAGUUAACCAAACAUAAUGGAAACUGUAACCUUCUCGGCUUUGCAAAAGCUUCCUUUUAAUCACGAUUCUUGUAUCUUUCUGACCGCUUUUACAUUUAAAAAAGCACUUAGCGCUUUCACGUUUUUUCCGACGGGCAAUUUUGAUUUUAGCUGAAGUUUUGUGUAAUAUUGAAAUACUUGAAAUGUUCGUCGGUGCGUUUGCUUUCAGUCGGUGAUCACAAGAAACACUUUUCGUACGGUGAACAGUGAUCAACAUCAAUUUACAUUCUCGCUAUAUAUCCUACCACUGAACAGUAUCAAUCAUAAACUGCUGAAAAAAGAGGAAACUGCUCAGCAGCGAAAAACAUUGUGAUUUCUAGUCAAAUUCUCCUCGUUAGCGCCAGAUGAACGGUAAAGGAAUGAGUAUGGAGAAUGUGCAUGUUAAUCUCACGCCAUUUACAAGUGUUCGUGUAACAAGCAAAAUUGACCUUAUAAAUGAAAAACGCGAAGAUUAUGUCAAUUUUAAUAGAUUUGGAGCCAGCAAUGUGACCCUUCAAAAACAAGAAGAAGCGUUCUUCUCUAACUAGGCAACUACAGUACCCUAGUCUGAAUCUGGUACCCUUAUCUGCAAUAGCAAAUCUGCAAGUAGCACUGUAAAUCAUACUAAAAUGCUACCGAUGCGACCGAAAACUUGUCAUAGAAUCGUGAAAUCAGCCUGAAAGAUCAAAACAAGGUGAUAUCCUGCGUGUCCUAAGGCAGCUGAAAGACUUUUUUUCCACAAUGAAAUAUACUUACAUCCUCUUACUUGAGACAUAAAAAAAAACACAGGGACAUUUCCAGGAGAUCUCCAUCAGUUUCCAACUUGAACCAAAAGUCACUUGACAAGAUGAACCAAACAAACAUUGUUUGCCCGGCCUAUUGACGAUUAGUAAUUCCAUCAGGUCGUGUUUCUUUCGCAGGCAAGGUUAAUUCAAGCUAUUUCCAAUCCACUCUUAAAAUCAGGCUGUUAAAUGUCCCCAAGGUCCAUGACCAAUAACGAAAAUUCUCCAACUUCAGACGAAGAGCAGUUUGCAACUUCAUGGUCUGUUUAUCCACUGCAUUAAAGAAAAGGAACGUACUAUAAGUAGACUAACUCGCGAAGUUGAAUCUGGGAAAAAGCGUCCAGUGGGUCUCAAAGUGUGGAGAAGUUGAUCCUGAAUAAUGACAAAUGUCUAAUCAUAAAUUUCGCUUGUUUCUUCGCACACGUCCUUUUUUCCCCUUUUUUUUUACGUGAAUGCAUUCUUUUCCAAAUGUCCUUAUUUUGAGUCAAGAAUUUUAUAAAAGUAGGAAGAAAAAAAACUGUGCUGACCAGCAAAACCCACCUGCGAGCAAGGUCUCUCACUGCCCCACCCCACCCAACCCUCCCCCCAAUCCCGGCAGCAAGAGACCUUGCUCGAAGGCUAGACCGCCCCUCCCUUUCCCCCUCCCUUCCCUUCCCUUCCCCCUCCCAUCCCUCCGCCCUCUACCUAUCUACCUAUCUACCUACCCCCCUCUACCUAUCUAUCUAUUUAUCUAUCUAUCUAUCUAUCUAUCUAUCUAUCUAUCUAUCUAUCUAUCUAUCUACCUACCCUAUCUAGCUAUCUACCCCCCCCUCCCUGCCCCCCCCCUCCCUGCCCUCUCCCCCCCCCCCCCCCGGGCCGGUGUACCAACUCCCGCUUCCCGUACCCUUCCCAAGGCCUUUUUUUUCCCUCUCCUCCUCCCCCAAGCCCUCCCAGAUCCAAGCCGCGAUUUUUUUUUUUUUUUUUCCUUUUUCAUGCUAAUCAGGCGGGAUUCGAACCCGUCACCUCUUUGUUUGCCAAUUCAUUACCGAUUCAAUGCUUAUGCUAAUUGCGCUAUCCCGGCUCGGUUACAAAUUCAAUGGUUUUUUUUUGUAUGUUAUUCAUAUGCAAAUCAAAUUCUUGCCCCUGAUUGGCUGUUGAAAAUAAUGACAUCAUGAACCUUCGGCCCCAGAGGUCCCCUGAGGUCCCACAGGUCCGAGAACCAAAACAAACCAAAGUUAACCAAACAUAAUGGAAACUGUAACCUUCUCGGCUUUGCAAAAGCUUCCUUUUAAUCACGAUUAUUGUAUCUUUCUGACCGCUUUUACAUUUAAAAAAGCACUUAGCGCUUUCACGUUUUUUCCGACGGGCAAUUUUGAUUUUAGCUGAAGUUUUGUGUAAUAUUGAAAUACUUGAAAUGUUCGUCGGUGCGUUUGCUUUCAGUCGGUGAUCACAAGAAACACUUUUUGUACGGUGAACAGUGAUCAACAUCAAUUUACAUUCUCGCUAUAUAUCCUACCACUGAACAGUAUCAAUCAUAAACUGCUGAAAAAAGAGGAAACUGCUCAGCAGCGAAAAACAUUGUGAUUUCUAGUCAAAUUCUCCUCGUUAGCGCCAGAUGAACGGUAAAGGAAUGAGUAUGGAGAAUGUGCAUGUUAAUCUCACGCCAUUUACAAGUGUUCCUGUAACAAGCAAAAUUGAUCUUAUAAAUGAAAAACGCGAAGAUUAUGUCAAUUUUAAUAGAUUUGGAGCCAGCAAUGUGACCCUUCAAAAACAAGAAAAAGCGUUCUUCUCUAACUAGGCAACUACAGUACCCUAGUCUGAAUCUGGUACCCUUAUCUGCAAUAGCAAAUCUGCAAGUAGCACUGUAAAUCAUACUAAAAUGCUACCGAUGCGACCGAAAACUUGUCAUAGAAUCGUGAAAUCAGCCUGAAAGAUCAAAACAAGGUGAUAUCCUGCGUGUCCUAAGGCACCUGAAAGACUUUUUUUCCACAAUGAAAUAUACUUACAUCCUCUUACUUGAGACAUAAAAAAAAAACACAGGGACAUUUCCAGGAGAUCUCCAUCAGUUUCCAACUUGAACCAAAAGUCACUUGACAAGAUGAACCAAACAAACAUUGUUUGCCCGGCCUAUUGACGAUUAGUAAUUCCAUCAGGUCGUGUUUCUUUCGCAGGCAAGGUUAAUUCAAGCUAUUUCCAAUCCACUCUUAAAAUCAGGCUGUUAAAUGUCCCCAAGGUCCAUGACCAAUAACGAAAAUUCUCCAACUUCAGACGAAGAGCAGUUUGCAACUUCAUGGUCUGUUUAUCCACUGCAUUAAAGAAAAGGAACGUACUAUAAGUAGACUAACUCGCGAAGUUGAAUCUGGGAAAAAGCGUCCAGUGGGUCUCAAAGUGUGGAGAAGUUGAUCCUGAGUAAUGACAAAUGUCUAAUCAUAAAUUUCGCUUGUUUCUUCGCACACGUCCUUUUUUCCCCUUUUUUUUUUUACGUGAAUGCAUUCUUUUCCAAAUGUCCUUAUUUUGAGUCAAGAAUUUUAUAAAAGUAAGAAGAAAAAAAACUGUGCUGAGCAGCAAAACCCUCCCCGGGUCUAGCCUGCGAGCAAGGUCUCUCACUGCCCCACCCCACCCAACCCUCCCCCCAAUCCCGGCAGCAAGAGACCUUGCUCGCAGGCUAGACCGCCCCUCCCUUUCCCCCUCCCUUCCCUUCCCUUCCCUUCCCCCCUCCCAUCCCACCGCCCUCUACCUAUCUACCUAUCUACCUACCCCCUCUACCUCUAUCUAUUUAUCUAUCUAUCUAUCUAUCUAUCUAUCUAUCUAUCUAUCUAUCUAUCUAUCUAUCUAUCUAUCUAUCUAUCUACCCCCCCCUAUCUGCCUGCCCCCCCCCCUGCCCCCUCCCCCCCCUCUCCCCCCCCCCGGGCCGGUGUACCAACUCCCGCUUCCCGUACCCUUCCCAAGGCCUUUUUUUCUUCCCUCUCCUCGCCCCAAGCCCUCCCAGAUCCAAGCCGCGAUUUUUUUUUUUUUUUUUUUUUUUUCAUGCUAAUCAGGCGGGAUUCGAACCCGUCACCUCUUUGUUUGCCAAUUCAUUACCGAUUCAAUGCUUAUGCUAAUUGCGCUAUCCCGGCUCGGUUACAAAUUCAAUGGUUUUUUUAUGUUAUUCAUAUGCAAAUCAAAUUCUUGCCCCUGAUUGGCUGUUGAAAAAAUGACAUCAUGAACCUUCGGCCCAGAGGUCCCUGAGGUCCCACAGGUCCAAGAACCAAAACAAACCAAAGUUAACCAAACAUAAUGGAAACUGUAACCUUCUCGGCUUUGCAAAAGCUUCCUUUUAAUCACGAUUCUUGUAUCUUUCUGACCGCUUUUACAUUUAAAAAGCACUUAGCGCUUUCACGUUUUUUCCGACGGGCAAUUUUGAUUUUAGCUGAAGUUUUGUAUAAUAUUGAAAUACUUGAAAUGUCCGUCGGUGCGUUUGCUUUCAGUCGGUGAUCACAAGAAACACUUUUUGUACGGUGAACAGUGAUCAACAUCAAUUUACAUUCUCGCUAUAUAUCCUACCACUGAACAGUAUCAAUCAUAAACUGCUGAAAAAAAAGAGGAAACUGCUCAGCAGCGAAAAAAAUUUGAUUUUCUAGUCAAAUUCUCCUCGUUAGCGCCAGAUGAACGGUAAAGGAAUGAGUAUGGAGAAUGUGCAUGUUAAUCUCACGCCAUUUACAAGUGUUCCUGUAACAAGCAAAAUUGAUCUUAUAAAUGAAAAACGCGAAGAUUAUGUCAAUUUUAAUAGAUUUGGAGCCAGCAAUGUGACCCUUCAAAAACAAGAAAAAGCGUUCUUCUCUAACUAGGCAACUACAGUACCCUAGUCUGAAUCUGGUACCCUUAUCUGCAAUAGCAAAUCUGCAAGUAGCACUGUAAAUCAUACUAAAAUGCUACCGAUGCGACCGAAACCUUGUCAUAGAAUCGUGAAAUCAGCCUGAAAGAUCAAAACAAGGUGAUAUCCUGCGUGUCCUAAGGCACCUGAAAGACUUUUUUUCCACAAUGAAAUAUACUUACAUCCUCUUACUUGAGACAUAAAAAAAAACACAGGGACAUUUCCAGGAGAUCUCCAUCAGUUUCCAACUUGAACCAAAAGUCACUUGACAAGAUGAACCAAACAAACAUUGUUUGCCCGGCCUAUUGACGAUUAGUAAUUCCAUCAGGUCGUGUUUCUUUCGCAGGCAAGGUUAAUUCAAGCUAUUUCCAAUCCACUCUUAAAAUCAGGCUGUUAAAUGUCCCCAAGGUCCAUGACCAAUAACGAAAAUUCUCCAACUUCAGACGAAGAGCAGUUUGCAACUUCAUGGUCUGUUUAUCCACUGCAUUAAAGAAAAGGAACGUACUAUAAGUAGACUAACUCGCGAAGUUGAAUCUGGGAAAAAAGCGUCCAGUGGGUCUCAAAGUGUGGAGAAGUUGAUCCUGAAUAAUGACAAAUGUCUAAUCAUAAAUUUCGCUUGUUUCUUCGCACACGUCCUUUUUCCCCUUUUUUUUCUUACGUGAAUGCAUUCUUUUCCAAAUGUCCUUAUUUUGAGUCAAGAAUUUUAUAAAAGUAAGAAGAAAAAAAACUGUGCUGAGCAGCAAAACCCUCCCCGGGUCUAGCCUGCGAGCAAGGUCUCUCACUGCCCCACCCCACCCAACCCUCCCCCCAAUCCCGGCAGCAAGAGACCUUGCUCGCAGGCUAGACCGCCCCUCCCUUUCCCCCCCCUUCCCUUCCCCCUCCCUCCCUUCCCCCCCCAUCCCUCCGCCCUCUACCUAUCUACCUAUCUACCUACCCCCCUCUACCUAUCUAUCUAUUUAUCUAUCUAUCUAUCUAUCUAUCUAUCUAUCUAUCUAUCUAUCUACCUACCCCCUAUCUAGCUAUCUACCCCCCCCCCUGCCCCCUGCCCCCCCCCUGCCCUCCUCCCCCCCGCCCCCGGCCCGGUGUACCAACUCCCGCUUCCCGUACCCUUCCCAAGGCCUUUUUCUUCCCUCUCCUCGCCCCAAGCCCUCCCAGAUCCAAGCCGCGAUUUUUUUUUUUUUUUUUUCCUUUUUCAUGCUAAUCAGGCGGGAUUCGAACCCGUCACCUCUUUGUUCGCCAAUUCAUUACCGAUUCAAUGCUUAUGCUAAUUGUGCUAUCCCGGCUCGGUUACAAAUUCAAUGGUUUUUUUUGUAUGUUAUUCAUAUGCAAAUCAAAUUCUUGCCCCUGAUUGGCUGUUGAAAAUAAUGACAUCAUGAACCUUCGGCCCAGAGGUCCCUUAGGUCCCACAGGUCCAAGAACCAAAACAAACCAAAGUUAACCAAACAUAAUGGAAACUUUAACCUUCUCGGCUUUGCAAAAGCUUCCUUUUAAUCACGAUUCUUGUAUCUUUCUGACCGCUUUUACAUUUAAAAAAGCACUUAGCGCUUUGACGUUUUUUCCGACGGGCAAUUUUGAUUUUAGCUGAAGUUUUGUAUAAUAUUGAAAUACUUGAAAUGUCCGUCGGUGCGUUUGCUUUCAGUCGGUGAUCACAAGAAACACUUUUUGUACGGUGAACAGUGAUCAACAUCAAUUUACAUUCUCGCUAUAUAUCCUACCACUGAACAGUAUCAAUCAUAAACUGCUGAAAAAAGAGGAAACUGCUCAGCAGCGAAAAACAUUGUGAUUUCUAGUCAAAUUCUCCUCGUUAGCGCCAGAUGAACGGUAAAGGAAUGAGUAUGGAGAAUGUGCAUGUUAAUCUCACGCCAUUUACAAGUGUUCCUGUAACAAGCAAAAUUGAUCUUAUAAAUGAAAAACGCGAAGAUUAUGUCAAUUUCAAUAGAUUUGGAGCCAGCAAUGUGACCCUUCAAAAACAAGAAAAAGCGUUCUUCUCUAACUAGGCAACUACAGUACCCUAGUCUGAAUCUGGUACCCUUAUCUGCAAUAGCAAAUCUGCAAGUAGCACUGUAAAUCAUACUAAAAUGCCACCGAUGCGACCGAAAACUUGUCAUAGAAUCGUGAAAUCAGCCUGAAAAGUCAAAACAAGGUGAUAUCCUGCGUGUCCUAAGGCACCUAAAAGACUUUUUUUCCACAAUGAAAUAUACUUACAUCCUCUUACUUGAGACAUAAAAAAAAACACAGGGACAUUUCCAGGAGAUCUCCAUCAGUUUCCAACUUGAACCAAAAGUCACUUGACAAGAUGAACCAAACAAACAUUGUUUGCCCGGCCUAUUGACGAUUAGUAAUUCCAUCAGGUCGUGUUUCUUUCGCAGGCAAGGUUAAUUCAAGCUAUUUCCAAUCCACUCUUAAAAUCAGGCUGUUAAAUGUCCCCAAGGUCCAUGACCAAUAACGAAAAUUCUCCAACUUCAGACGAAGAGCAGUUUGCAACUUCAUGGUCUGUUUAUCCACUGCAUUAAAGAAAAGGAACGUACUAUAAGUAGACUAACUCGCGAAGUUGAAUCUGGGAAAAAGCGUCCAGUGGGUCUCAAAGUGUGGAGAAGUUGAUCCUGAAUAAUGACAAAUGUCUAAUCAUAAAUUUCGCUUGUUUCUUCGCACACGUCCUUUUUCCCCUUUUUUUUACGUGAAUGCAUUUUUUCCAAAUGUCCUUAUUUUGAGUCAAGAAUUUUAUAAAAGUAAGAAGAAAAAAAAAAAACUGUGCUGAGCAGCAAAACCCUCCCCCCGGGUCUAGCCUGCGAGCAAGGUCUCUCACUGCCCCACCCCACCCCACCCAACCCCCCCCCAAUCCCGGCAGCAAGAGACCUUGCUCGCAGGCUAGACCGCCCCCCCCUUUCCCCCCCCUUCCCUUCCCUUCCCUUCCCCCAUCCCCCAUCCCUCCGCCCUCUACCUAUCUACCUAUCUACCCUACCCCCCCUAUAUCUAUCUAUCUAUCUAUCUAUCUAUCUAUCUAUCUAUCUAUCUAUCUAUCCCUACCCCUCUAGCUAUCUACUUACCCCCCCUCCUGCCUGCCCCCCCCUCCCCUGCCCUCUCCCCCGGCCCGCCCCCGGCCGGUGUACCAACUCCCGCUUCCCGUACCCUUCCCAAGGCCUUUUUUUUCCUCUCCUCGCCCCCCCAGCCCUCCCAGAUCCAAGCCGCGAUUUUUUUUUUUUUUUUUUUUUUCAUGCUAAUCAGGCGGGAUUCGAACCCGUCACCUCUUUGUUUGCCAAUUCAUUACCGAUUCAAUGCUUAUGCUAAUUGCGCUAUCCCGGCUCGGUUACAAAUUCAAUGGUUUUUUUUGUUAUUCAUAUGCAAAUCAAAUUCUUGCCCCUGAUUGGCUGUUGAAAAUAAUGACAUCAUGAACCUUCGGCCCAGAGGUCCCUGAGGUCCCACAGGUCCAAGAACCAAAACAAACCAAAGUUAACCAAACAUAAUGGAAACUGUAACCUUCUCGGCUUUGCAAAAGCUUCCUUUUAAUCACGAUUCUUGUAUCUUUCUGACCGCUUUUACAUUUAAAAAGCACUUAGCGCUUUCACGUUUUUUCCGACGGGCAAUUUUGAUUUUAGCUGAAGUUUUGUAUAAUAUUGAAAUACUUGAAAUGUCCGUCGGUGCGUUUGCUUUCAGUCGGUGAUCACAAGAAACACUUUUUUACGGUGAACAGUGAUCAACAUCAAUUUACAUUCUCGCUAUAUAUCCUACCACUGAACAGUAUCAAUCAUAAACUGCUGAAAAAGGAAAACUGCUCAGCAGCGAAAAAAACAUUGUGAUUUCUAGUCAAAUUCUCCUCGUUAGCGCCAGAUGAACGGUAAAGGAAUGAGUAUGGAGAAUGUGCAUGUUAAUCUCACGCCAUUUACAAGUGUUCCUGUAACAAGCAAAAUUGAUCUUAUAAAUGAAAAACGCGAAGAUUAUGUCAAUUUUAAUAGAUUUGGAGCCAGCAAUGUGACCCUUCAAAAACAAGAAAAAAAGUUCUUCUCUAACUAGGCAACUACAGUACCCUAGUCUGAAUCUGGUACCCUUAUCUGCAAUAGCAAAUCUGCAAGUAGCACUGUAAAUCAUACUAAAAUGCCACCGAUGCGACCGAAAACUUGUCAUAGAAUCGUGAAAUCAGCCUGAAAAGUCAAAACAAGGUGAUAUCCUGCGUGUCCUAAGGCACCUAAAAGACUUUUUUUCCACAAUGAAAUAUACUUACAUCCUCUUACUUGAGACAUAAAAAAAAACACAGGGACAUUUCCAGGAGAUCUCCAUCAGUUUCCAACUUGAACCAAAAGUCACUUGACAAGAUGAACCAAACAAACAUUGUUUGCCCGGCCUAUUGACGAUUAGUAAUUCCAUCAGGUCGUGUUUCUUUCGCAGGCAAGGUUAAUUCAAGCUAUUUCCAAUCCACUCUUAAAAUCAGGCUGUUAAAUGUCCCCAAGGUCCAUGACCAAUAACGAAAAUUCUCCAACUUCAGACGAAGAGCAGUUUGCAACUUCAUGGUCUGUUUAUCCACUGCAUUAAAGAAAAGGAACGUACUAUAAGUAGACUAACUCGCGAAGUUGAAUCUGGGAAAAAGCGUCCAGUGGGUCUCAAAGUGUGGAGAAGUUGAUCCUGAGUAAUGACAAAUGUCUAAUCAUAAAUUUCGCUUGUUUCUUCGCACACGUCCUUUUUCCCCCUUUUUUUUUACGUGAAUGCAUUUUUUUCCAAAUGUCCUUAUUUUGAGUCAAGAAUUUUAUAAAAGUAAGAAGAAAAAAAACUGUGCUGAGCAGCAAAACCCUCCCCGGAUCUAGCCUGCGAGCAAGGUCUCUCACUGCCCCACCCCACCCAACCCUCCCCCCAAUCCCGGCAGCAAGAGACCUUGCUCGCAGGCUAGACCGCCCCUCCCUUUCCCCCUCCCUUCCCUUCCCUUCCCCCUCCCAUCCCUUCGCCCUCUACCUAUCUACCUAUCUACCUACCCCCCUCUACCUAUCUAUCUAUUUAUCUAUCUAUCUAUCUAUCUAUCUAUCUAUCUAUCUAUCUACCUACCUACCCCUCUAGCUAUCUACUUACCCCCCUCCUGCCUGCCCCCCUCUCCCUGCCCUCUCCCCGGCCCGCCCCCGGGCCGGUGUACCAACUCCCGCUUCCCGUACCCUUCCCAAGGCCUUUUUUCUUCCCUCUCCUCGCCCCAAGCCCUCCCAGAUCCAAGCCGCGAUUUUUUUCUUUUUUUUUCUUUUUCAUGCUAAUCAGGCGGGAUUCGAACCCGUCACCUCUUUGUUUGCCAAUUCAUUACCGAUUCAAUGCUUAUGCUAAUUGCGCUAUCCCGGCUCGGUUACAAAUUCAAUGGUUUUUUUGUAUGUUAUUCAUAUGCAAAUCAAAUUCUUGCCCCUGAUUGGCUGUUGAAAAUAAUGACAUCAUGAACCUUCGGCCCAGAGGUCCCUGAGGUCCCACAGGUCCAAGAACCAAAACAAACCAAAGUUAACCAAACAUAAUGGAAACUGUAACCUUCUCGGCUUUGCAAAAGCUUCCUUUUAAUCACGAUUCUUGUAUCUUUCUGACCGCUUUUACAUUUAAAAAAAGCACUUAGCGCUUUCACGUUUUUUUUCCGACGGGCAAUUUUGAUUUUAGCUGAAGUUUUGUAUAAUAUUGAAAUACUUGAAAUGUCCGUCGGUGCGUUUGCUUUCAGUCGGUGAUCACAAGAAACACUUUUUUACGGUGAACAGUGAUCAACAUCAAUUUACAUUCUCGCUAUAUAUCCUACCACUGAACAGUAUCAAUCAUAAACUGCUGAAAAAAGGAAACUGCUCAGCAGCAGCGAAAAACAUUGUGAUUUCUAGUCAAAUUCUCCUCGUUAGCGCCAGAUGAACGGUAAAGGAAUGAGUAUGGAGAAUGUGCAUGUUAAUCUCACGCCAUUUACAAGUGUUCCUGUAACAAGCAAAAUUGAUCUUAUAAAUGAAAAACGCGAAGAUUAUGUCAAUUUUAAUAGAUUUGCAGCCAGCAAUGUGACCCUUCAAAAACAAGAAAAAGCGUUCUUCUCUAACUAGGCAACUACAGUACCCUAGUCUGAAUCUGGUACCCUUAUCUGCAAUAGCAAAUCUGCAAGUAGCACUGUAAAUCAUACUAAAAUGCUACCGAUGCGACCGAAAACUUGUCAUAGAAUCGUGAAAUCAGCCUGAAAAGUCAAAACAAGGUGAUAUCCUGCGUGUCCUAAGGCACCUAAAAGACUUUUUUUCCACAAUGAAAUAUACUUACAUCCUCUUACUUGAGACAUAAAAAAAAACACAGGGACAUUUCCAGGAGAUCUCCAUCAGUUUCCAACUUGAACCAAAAGUCACUUGACAAGAUGAACCAAACAAACAUUGUUUGCCCGGCCUAUUGACGAUUAGUAAUUCCAUCAGGUCGUGUUUCUUUCGCAGGCAAGGUUAAUUCAAGCUAUUUCCAAUCCACUCUUAAAAUCAGGCUGUUAAAUGUCCCCAAGGUCCAUGACCAAUAACGAAAAUUCUCCAACUUCAGACGAAGAGCAGUUUGCAACUUCAUGGUCUGUUUAUCCACUGCAUUAAAGAAAAGGAACGUACUAUAAGUAGACUAACUCGCGAAGUUGAAUCUGGGAAAAAGCGUCCAGUGGGUCUCAAAGUGUGGAGAAGUUGAUCCUGAGUAAUGACAAAUGUCUAAUCAUAAAUUUCGCUUGUUUCUUCGCACACGUCCUUUUUCCCCCUUUUUUUUUACGUGAAUGCAUUUUUUUCCAAAUGUCCUUAUUUUGAGUCAAGAAUUUUAUAAAAGUAAGAAGAAAAAAAACUGUGCUGAGCAGCAAAACCCUCCCCGGGUCUAGCCUGCGAGCAAGGUCUCUCACUGCCCCACCCCACCCAACCCUCCCCCCAAUCCCGGCAGCAAGAGACCUUGCUCGCAGGCUAGACCGCCCCUCCCUUUCCCCCUCCCUUCCCUUCCCUUCCCUUCCCUUCCCCCUCCCAUCCCUCCGCCCUCUACCUAUCUACCUAUCUACCUACCCCCCUCUACCUAUCUAUCUAUUUAUCUAUCUAUCUAUCUAUCUACCUACCUACCCCUCUAGCUAUCUACUUACCACCCUCCUGCCUGCCCCCCUCUCCCUGCCCUCUCCCCGGCCCGCCCCCGGGCCGGUGUACCAACUCCCGCUUCCCGUACCCUUCCCAAGGCCUUUUUUCUUCCCUCUCCUCGCCCCAAGCCCUCCCAGAUCCAAGCCCCGUUUUUUUUCUUUUUUUUCCUUUUUCAUGCUAAUCAGGCGGGAUUCCAACCCGUCACCUCUUUGUUUGCCAAUUCAUUACCGAUUCAAUGCUUAUGCUAAUUGCGCUAUCCCGGCUCGGUUACAAAUUCAAUGGUUUUUUUGUAUGUUAUUCAUAUGCAAAUCAAAUUCUUGCCCCUGAUUGGCUGUUGAAAAUAAUGACAUCAUGAACCUUCGGCCCAGAGGUCCCUGAGGUCCCACAGGUCCAAGAACCAAAACAAACCAAAGUUAACCAAACAUAAUGGAAACUGUAACCUUCUCGGCUUUGCAAAAGCUUCCUUUUAAUCACGAUUCUUGUAUCUUUCUGACCGCUUUUACAUUUAAAAAAGCACUUAGCGCUUUCACGUUUUUUCCGUCGGGCAAUUUUGAUUUUAGCUGAAGUUUUGUAUAAUAUUGAAAUACUUGAAAUGUCCGUCGGUGCGUUUGCUUUCAGUCGGUGAUCACAAGAAACACUUUUUUUACGGUGAACAGUGAUCAACAUCAAUUUACAUUCUCGCUAUAUAUCCUACCACUAAACAGUAUCAAUCAUAAACUGCUGAAAAAAGAGGAAACUGCUCAGCAGCGAAAAACAUUGUGAUUUCUAGUCAAAUUCUCCUCGUUAGCGCCAGAUGAACGGUAAAGGAAUGAGUAUGGAGAAUGUGCAUGUUAAUCUCACGCCAUUUACAAGUGUUCCUGUAACAAGCAAAAUUGAUCUUAUAAAUGAAAAACGCGAAGAUUAUGUCAAUUUCAAUAGAUUUGGAGCCAGCAAUGUGACCCUUCAAAAACAAGAAAAAGCGUUCUUCUCUAACUAGGCAACUACAGUACCCUAGUCUGAAUCUGGUACCCUUAUCUGCAAUAGCAAAUCUGCAAGUAGCACUGUAAAUCAUACUAAAAUGCUACCGAUGCGACCGAAAACUUGUCAUAGAAUCGUGAAAUCAGCCUGAAAGAUCAAAACAAGGUGAUAUCCUGCGUGUCCUAAGGCACCUGAAAGACUUUUUUUCCACAAUGAAAUAUACUUACAUCCUCUUACUUGAGACAUAAAAAAACACAGGGACAUUUCCAGGAGAUCUCCAUCAGUUUCCAACUUGAACCAAAAGUCACUUGACAAGAUGAACCAAACAAACAUUGUUUGCCCGGCCUAUUGACGAUUAGUAAUUCCAUCAGGUCGUGUUUCUUUCGCAGGCAAGGUUAAUUCAAAGCUAUUUCCAAUCCACUCUUAAAAUCAGGCUGUUAAAUGUCCCCAAGGUCCAUGACCAAUAACGAAAAUUCUCCAACUUCAGACGAAGAGCAGUUUGCAACUUCAUGGUCUGUUUAUCCACUGCAUUAAAGAAAAGGAACGUACUAUAAGUAGACUAACUCGCGAAGUUGAAUCUGGGAAAAAAGCGUCCAGUGGGUCUCAAAGUGUGGAGAAGUUGAUCCUGAAUAAUGACAAAUGUCUAAUCAUAAAUUUCGCUUGUUUCUUCGCACACGUCCUUUUUUUCCCCUUUUUUUUUUUUUUACGUGAAUGCAUUUUUUCCAAAUGUCCUUAUUUUGAGUCAAGAAUUUUAUAAAAGUAAGAAGAAAAAAAAAAACUGUGCUGAGCAGCAAAACCCUCCCCGGGUCUAGCCUGCGAGCAAGGUCUCUCACUGCCCCACCCCACCCAACCCUCCCCCAAUCCCGGCAGCAAGAGACCUUGCUCGCAGGCUAGACCGCCCCUCCCUUUCCCCCCCCUUCCCCUUCCCUUCCCCCCCCCUCCCAUCCCUCCGCCCUCUACCUAUCUACCUAUCUACCUACCCCCCUCUAUCUAUCUAUCUAUCUAUCUAUCUAUCUAUCUAUCUAUCUAUCUAUCUAUCUAUCUAUCUACCUACCUAUCUAGCUAUCUACUUACCCCCCCCUGCCUGCCCCCCUCUCCCCCCUCUCCCCCCCCGCCCGCCCCCGGGCCGGUGUGUACCAACUCCCUUCCCGUACCCUUCCUUCCCAAGGCCUUUUUUCUUCCCUCUCCUCGCCCCAAGCCCUCCCAGAUCCAAGCCGCGAUUUUUUUCUUUUUUUUCCUUUUUCAUGCUAAUCAGGCGGGAUUCGAACCCGUCACCUCUUUGUUUGCCAAUUCAUUACCGAUUCAAUGCUUAUGCUAAUUGCGCUAUCCCGGCUCGGUUACAAAUUCAAUGGUUUUUUUGUAUGUUAUUCAUAUGCAAAUCAAAUUCUUGCCCCUGAUUGGCUGUUGAAAAUAAUGACAUCAUGAACCUUCGGCCCAGAGGUCCCUGAGGUCCCACAGGUCCAAGAACCAAAACAAACCAAAGUUAACCAAACAUAAUGGAAACUGUAACCUUCUCGGCUUUGCAAAAGCUUCCUUUUAAUCACGAUUCUUGUAUCUUUCUGACCGCUUUUACAUUUAAAAAAGCACUUAGCGCUUUCACGUUUUUUCCGUCGGGCAAUUUUGAUUUUAGCUGAAGUUUUGUAUAAUAUUGAAAUACUUGAAAUGUCCGUCGGUGCGUUUGCUUUCAGUCGGUGAUCACAAGAAACACUUUUUUUACGGUGAACAGUGAUCAACAUCAAUUUACAUUCUCGCUAUAUAUCCUACCACUAAACAGUAUCAAUCAUAAACUGCUGAAAAAAGAGGAAACUGCUCAGCAGCGAAAAACAUUGUGAUUUCUAGUCAAAUUCUCCUCGUUAGCGCCAGAUGAACGGUAAAGGAAUGAGUAUGGAGAAUGUGCAUGUUAAUCUCACGCCAUUUACAAGUGUUCCUGUAACAAGCAAAAUUGAUCUUAUAAAUGAAAAACGCGAAGAUUAUGUCAAUUUCAAUAGAUUUGGAGCCAGCAAUGUGACCCUUCAAAAACAAGAAAAAGCGUUCUUCUCUAACUAGGCAACUACAGUACCCUAGUCUGAAUCUGGUACCCUUAUCUGCAAUAGCAAAUCUGCAAGUAGCACUGUAAAUCAUACUAAAAUGCUACCGAUGCGACCGAAAACUUGUCAUAGAAUCGUGAAAUCAGCCUGAAAGAUCAAAACAAGGUGAUAUCCUGCGUGUCCUAAGGCAGCUGAAAGACUUUUUUUCCACAAUGAAAUAUACUUACAUCCUCUUACUUGAGACAUAAAAAAAAACACAGGGACAUUUCCAGGAGAUCUCCAUCAGUUUCCAACUUGAACCAAAAGUCACUUGACAAGAUGAACCAAACAAACAUUGUUUGCCCGGCCUAUUGACGAUUAGUAAUUCCAUCAGGUCGUGUUUCUUUCGCAGGCAAGGUUAAUUCAAGCUAUUUCCAAUCCACUCUUAAAAUCAGGCUGUUAAAUGUCCCCAAGGUCCAUGACCAAUAACGAAAAUUCUCCAACUUCAGACGAAGAGCAGUUUGCAACUUCAUGGUCUGUUUAUCCACUGCAUUAAAGAAAAGGAACGUACUAUAAGUAGACUAACUCGCGAAGUUGAAUCUGGGAAAAAAGCGUCCAGUGGGUCUCAAAGUGUGGAGAAGUUGAUCCUGAAUAAUGACAAAUGUCUAAUCAUAAAUUUCGCUUGUUUCUUCGCACACGUCCUUUUUUCCCCUUUUUUUUUACGUGAAUGCAUUCUUUCCAAAUGUCCUUAUUUUGAGUCAAGAAUUUUAUAAAAGUAAGAAGAAAAAAAAAAAACUGUGCUGAGCAGCAAAACCCUCCCCCGGGUCUAGCCUGCGAGCAAGGUCUCUCACUGCCCCACCCCACCCAACCCUCCCCCAAUCCCGGCAGCAAGAGACCUUGCUCGCAGGCUAGACCGCCCCUCCCCCCCCCCUCCCUCCCCUUCCCUUCCCCCCUCCCAUCCCUCCGCCCUCCUAUCUACCUAUCUACCUAUCCCCCUACCUCUAUCUAUCUAUCUAUCUAUCUAUCUAUCUAUCUAUCUAUCUAUCUAUCUAUCUAUCUAUCUACCUACCCCCCUAGCUAUCUACUUACCCCCCUCCCCUCCCCCCCCCCCUCCCCCCCCUCCCCCCCCCCCCCCGGCCCGGUGUACCAACUCCCGCUUCCCGUACCCUUCCCAAGGCCUUUUUUCUUCCCUCUCCUCGCCCCAAGCCCUCCCAGAUCCAAGCCGCGAUUUUUUUUUUUUUUUUUUUUUUUUCAUGCUAAUCAGGCGGGAUUCGAACCCGUCACCUCUUUGUUUGCCAAUUCAUUACCGAUUCAAUGCUUAUGCUAAUUGCGCUAUCCCGGCUCGGUUACAAAUUCAAUGGUUUUUUUGUAUGUUAUUCAUAUGCAAAUCAAAUUCUUGCCCCUGAUUGGCUGUUGAAAAUAAUGACAUCAUGAACCUUCGGCCCAGAGGUCCCUGAGGUCCCACAGGUCCGAGAACCAAAACAAACCAAAGUUAACCAAACAUAAUGGAAACUGUAACCUUCUCGGCUUUGCAAAAGCUUCCUUUUAAUCACGAUUCUUGUAUCUUUCUGACCGCUUUUACAUUUAAAAAAGCACUUAGCGCUUUCACGUUUUUUCCGUCGGGCAAUUUUGAUUUUAGCUGUAGUUUUGUAUAAUAUUGAAAUACUUGAAAUGUCCGUCGGUGCGUUUGCUUUCAGUCGGUGAUCACAAGAAACACUUUUUUUACGGUGAACAGUGAUCAACAUCAAUUUACAUUCUCGCUAUAUAUCCUACCACUAAACAGUAUCAAUCAUAAACUGCUGAAAAAAGAGGAAACUGCUCAGCAGCGAAAAACAUUGUGAUUUCUAGUCAAAUUCUCCUCGUUAGCGCCAGAUGAACGGUAAAGGAAUGAGUAUGGAGAAUGUGCAUGUUAAUCUCACGCCAUUUACAAGUGUUCCUGUAACAAGCAAAAUUGAUCUUAUAAAUGAAAAACGCGAAGAUUAUGUCAAUUUUAAUAGAUUUGGAGCCAGCAAUGUGACCCUUCAAAAACAAGAAAAAGCGUUCUUCUCUAACUAGGCAACUACAGUACCCUAGUCUGAAUCUGGUACCCUUAUCUGCAAUAGCAAAUCUGCAAGUAGCACUGUAAAUCAUACUAAAAUGCUACCGAUGCGACCGAAAACUUGUCAUAGAAUCGUGAAAUCAGCCUGAAAGAUCAAAACAAGGUGAUAUCCUGCGUGUCCUAAGGCAGCUGAAAGACUUUUUUUCCACAAUGAAAUAUACUUACAUCCUCUUACUUGAGACAUAAAAAAAAACACAGGGACAUUUCCAGGAGAUCUCCAUCAGUUUCCAACUUGAACCAAAAGUCACUUGACAAGAUGAACCAAACAAACAUUGUUUGCCCGGCCUAUUGACGAUUAGUAAUUCCAUCAGGUCGUGUUUCUUUCGCAGGCAAGGUUAAUUCAAGCUAUUUCCAAUCCACUCUUAAAAUCAGGCUGUUAAAUGUCCCCAAGGUCCAUGACCAAUAACGAAAAUUCUCCAACUUCAGACGAAGAGCAGUUUGCAACUUCAUGGUCUGUUUAUCCACUGCAUUAAAGAAAAGGAACGUACUAUAAGUAGACUAACUCGCGAAGUUGAAUCUGGGAAAAAGCGUCCAGUGGGUCUCAAAGUGUGGAGAAGUUGAUCCUGAAUAAUGACAAAUGUCUAAUCAUAAAUUUCGCUUGUUUCUUCGCACACGUCCUUUUUUCCCCUUUUUUUUUACGUGAAUGCAUUCUUUUCCAAAUGUCCUUAUUUUGAGUCAAGAAUUUUAUAAAAGUAAGAAGAAAAAAAACUGUGCUGAGCAGCAAAACCCUCCCCGGGUCUAGCCUGCGAGCAAGGUCUCUCACUGCCCCACCCCACCCAACCCUCCCCCCAAUCCCGGCAGCAAGAGACCUUGCUCGCAGGCUAGACCGCCCCUCCCUUUCCCCCUCCCUUCCCUUCCCUUCCCCCUCCCAUCCCUCCGCCCUCUACCUAUCUACCUAUCUACCUACCCCCCUCUACCUAUCUAUCUAUUUAUCUAUCUAUCUAUCUAUCUAUUUAUCUAUCUAUCUAUCUAUCUAUCUACCUACCUACCCCUCUAG